UUUAUCACACUUCCAUUUUCAAAAACACAGGAAACAAACGAAAAACUAGUCUUCUGGGUAUUGGGGGCUAGAAAAAGCUCUCCCAUAGGAGACCCACCCACUGGAGAGGAGUUGUGUCUCGGGGGAGGCACCUGAACUCAAACACACUGCUCCAACGGACUCCUUCUUGCGUGGUCUUCUUCUUCUUCUUCUUCCUCCUCUCUCCCCCUAACCAGAUCCGGGUGAUCCAGUAGGGAUUGAAAGGAAAGGGCUCGAGCUUUUGUUGUUUUUAAGGUUGGUUUCAUAUUCUUCAAGGUAAACGCCGAUGCUGCACUCAACGACUGGCUAUUGAUGCUCUAUAAGAUUUUGACCUUGAUAUUGGUUCUGUUGAAUGGAAAUCUAGGAAAAGAGAAGGAGAAAAAACCCCAACUUUUUAAUUGAGUUUUAGUCGAGGUUCUGAAGUGUGUACGGAAUAACUAGACUGGAACCCAUAACCAGAGAAGUGUAAGCUGGGAUUCUGAUUGGUGUAUUUGGCUGUUUGGUGGGAGGCGGCAAGGAAUUGUUAUGGCUGUUGCCAAGAGCAACAACGGCAACGGCACGCUCACGCAGCCCUGCAAUUGUUAUAAAGUUGAGAGCUUGACUGAAACCAUUUUGGACGCAAAUCAGACCUCAAAUUUGAAAGAUCGGUACAUUCUUGGGGAGCAAUUGGGUUGGGGGCAGUUUGGUGUCAUCAGAGUAUGCUCUGAUAAGUUAACCGGAGAGGUAUUAGCAUGCAAAUCGAUUGCUAAAGAGAGAUUGUUUACAUUGGAUGAUGUACGAAGUGUGAAGCUUGAGAUUGAAAUUAUGACCAAGCUAUCUGGGCACCCAAAUGUUGUGGAUCUCAAGGCAGUGUACGAGGAGGAAGACUAUGUUCAUUUGGUGAUGGAACUUUGUGCUGGAGGGGAGCUAUUUCACCUUCUAGAAAAGCAUGGGCGAUUCUCUGAAUCUGAGGCCAGGGUUCGCUUCCAGCAUCUGAUGCAAGUGGUUUUGUAUUGUCAUGAAAAUGGGGUGGUUCAUAGAGACUUGAAGCCUGAGAAUAUUCUCCUGGCCACAAAGGCCGCCUCUUCUCCAAUUAAAUUGGCAGAUUUUGGUCUUGCAACCUACAUCAAGCCUGGGCAGAGCUUGCGAGGGCUAGUCGGGAGUCCGUUUUAUAUAGCUCCAGAGGUACUUGCUGGCUACAACCAGGCCGCUGACGUUUGGAGUGCAGGUGUUAUCCUUUACAUUCUUCUUAGUGCAAUGCCACCAUUUUGGGGAAAGACGAAGUCCCGUAUAUUCAAUGCUGUUAGGGCAGCUGAUCUGAGGUUCCCACCUGAACCCUGGAAUCACAUAUCAGAAUCUGCCAAGAAUCUAAUUGGUGCAAUGCUUUGUACUGAUCCUUCUCAAAGGCUUACUGCUCAACAGGUCUUAGAGCAUCCCUGGAUGAAGGACAAUGGACCUAAAGAAGUAAAUGGGUGGGAAAAUAAAAAUUGUGGAGAGAGGGGUGUAGCUGGUGGCUCGUUCUCUACCUCAUUUAUGUCCAGGAAUCUGGACGUCAGCUUUGGCACUGGAUCACCUAUUGCAUGUGAGGCUGAAUCACCUACAUUCACAUGCAGAUCAUCUUUCUCUUCUUUCCUAGCGGAACCAUCAACACCUUGCCCUGCAGCUGGUGGGUUUUCCUUCUGUAGCAAUGGCGAUUCUAAUGCGCUGGAAUUCUCUUCCCCUGUUCCCUCAAUGCCAAGUUUUGCAUUCUUCAGCCCUGGUUCUGCAAUUGAACAUGGCAGUUGUGCAUUGGAGUUUUCAGCUAGCAUGUCCAGAGUGGAUCCAUUCCAAGAAGAGGGAAGCCUGGGCAAGCUGCUUUUGUUACCAGAUUCUACUAUUUGCUUGAGGCAUGAGGCAAACGAAAAAAGGGUAGGAGGAAUGAUCGAGUCUAGAACCUUAUGCACCCAUAGCAAGAGGAACCAUACAAUUGGACUUGGUGACCGCGAGCAACUUGAUCUCAUGGUGACUGAAUCAGUCAUCCGUUGGUCAUCAUGCACACAUCUUCCUACGUCCCUUAGGUCUUCUCUCGUAUGUUGAAAAUAUGGACUGGCCGACUGCAUUAAACUAAUUGCUUUGAUGAGGUAUUAAGAUUGUGAAGGAAAUGGCAUACCCAAGAGAAGUCUUGUAUUGGUGUGUGAUAUUGUGUUUGUGCCCUUGUUACUGAAAUCUUGUGUUACUUCUCGAGUGAGUUUUGUUUCUAGGAGUGGUGGUUUGGAUGUUGUCUUUUGAUUCGAAGGGUUACUAUUAGGUUUUUCUUCUCACCAGUAUGUUAGUGUAACAAGUUGUGGCUAAUGGACUCUUUCCUUGUGUAUAAAGUUUGUUCUUUGC